GACCCGACUCGCUCAGUGCCAGUUCCCAGUUCCCAGCAGCAAGCGCCUAUCCUAUCCCAUCCCAGUCCGGGGGACAGACAGCCCAGCCCAGAGAGAUUCAGUCUCCUUGUUCUUCCCUUUUUUUGUAACAUAAAAGACACUCGCGUCUUUUAUUCGUUCCGAACGCGUAUCAGAACCUCGAGGCUUUUCUUUCACUUUUUAUUUUUAUUUUAAAUUAGACUUUUUACAAGUCUUGGUUCUGGGUAGUCUUGAAAACGCGAACUCGUCGACUUAUCAACUGGGACUCGCGCGAUAUCACGAGGUAGAUCCCACCAAACACGUGAGACGAGAAAACUCGUGAUCUCGCACGCCUCAAGGCACAUGAUCUGUGAGAUUUUUGACUGAGCGCCAACAUCCCAUCUGAGGUCUCACCAUCGCCACAACUUGCUCUUGGGCGAGCUCAUUGAUUGAACAGCUUCUGUCCAACAAGGCUGUUUAUUUCCUACGUACUUUUUUAACCACCUGAAACGACUGAACAAUGUCCGAAGAUCUUGCCGAGCAAUCAGAGCUCAUGGGUCUGACCACCUCUCCUGGUCACAAGCGAAAGCGUGAAUCCGGCAGUCCUGACUUGUCGAGGAAUAAGCGUCCUGCACCAGCUGCCCACAUGUCUACUGACGCGGCCUCGUUUAUUGACAGUGCCAUGGAGAGCCACGCUGUGAACGCCAAUGGUGUCAACGUUGCCGAUUUCAACGCUCUGCAGCAGGCCACCCAAGAACAUGACCACCCUGAUGCCCCAGACCCUACCAGUGCUACCAGUACUGCUCAGGCUGCUCUUGGGAUGUAUCCCACUCUGCAUGUCCCGCCUUCUACUGAAGAACAGUUUGCUGCCCAGGCGGCGACAGACCCCGACCACGGCCACGAUACAUCUUUCAACCCCGAUGUGACCCCCUCAGUCGACGGCAUCAUGGAACCUCCUCAGGUUGGCCCUCCCCAGCAUCAGCACACGCCUCCAAAUGGCGUCCCGCAUGCGCCACCACGGUACAAUCCCGCCGCACCCAACCCCAAGCCUACCGUUGGGUCAGAAGAGUGGCAUAAGAUGCGAAAAGACAACCAUAAAGAAGUGGAGCGUCGCCGACGUGAAACAAUCAAUGAGGGUAUCAACGAACUCGCCAAGAUUGUCCCUGGUUGCGAAAAGAACAAGGGUUCUAUUUUGCAACGUGCUGUCAGCUUUAUUUCGCAGCUCAAGGAGAACGAACAACAAAACAUUGAGAAGUGGACGCUUGAGAAGCUGCUCACGGAGCAAGCCAUUACAGAGCUAAGUGCUUCCAACGACAAACUUAAACACGAAUGCGAGCGGCUUUACCGUGAGCUCGAGAUCUGGAAGCGCGUGGCGCAGAAUGCUGGCCUUGAGCCACCGCAGCCCAAGGAGGAGAACAACGCUGCUACUGCAUCGAGCUAGAGGCCCUUUUCAACAUUGGCAUGUCCCCCUACGGCAGUCAUAGACUGAUCUUCACAUAUACCCCUACCUAAUACUGUCUUGUGCGAAUAUUGCCUCGGCAAUCAUUUGCCAGUCAGUCCGGUUGUGUUUUCGCUUGUUGUUUUCCCCCUAGUAGUACUUUUCUCAUGGAGCCGGGAGGAGCAGAGGAUCAGGAAAGGGUCCCCCUUCUUGACGUAUGUGAGUAGUCUCCUGGUAUAAUCUAUUAGGGUUGGUAGUUUUAAGUAGCUUGGCGUUGGUGGAUUGAUUCACUCUUCGGUUGGUGGAAAGCUGAGGCAACGGAUCUGCUUUACGGCGCAAUGCAAUGCGAUAGCUUGAGUGUUGAAUUGAGUGGAUAUAUAUCCCUGCUAUGACUUUUUUUGCUCUGGCCAUU